AUGUUGGGAACUGCGGAACUCAUAACUUUGCCAGCCGCUCCAGCUGCUUCAAGUGUGGUGCCUUCAAGGAUGAAUCCUCUAGUGGAUAUGAUGGUGACAUGUCUCGGGGAAGAGGUUUCGGGUUUGGCGGUGGCGGUGGCAGAGGCAGCCGCUCUAGCUGGAUGUCCGGGGACUGGAUUUGCACCAGGUCAGGGUGCAACGAGCACAACUUUGCUAGCAGGAUGGAGUGUUUCAAAUGCAAUGCACCAAGGGACUCUGGUAGCAGAUCUCCAUAUUAAAUCCCCAUGGAUUCUCCAUUUUUUGGGUACUACAGUCUAA